AUGAUGAUGGAGGACACCACCACAGAACAGCUGCUGACAAACUGUACCGACUUGGAGGAUGGGAACCUGGUGAAAGGUGCUAGCAAUGUGGAUGGUGUGACAUUGGAAGAGGUGGCGGAGCACAACCAGUUGCAGGAUGCUUGGAUCAUCCUCAACGGCGAGGUGCUGGACGUCACGCGGUGGAUCCCAUUGCACCCAGGCGGAGAGCAGACCAUUGCCCGGGUGCUAGGGAAGGACGCAUCCAUGGAGUGGAAUAUGAUCCACGCGCCUGGAACCAUCCAAAGAAACGCGCGGUUUCUCAAGAACAUGGGCAGGGUCAUUGAGCGAAAUGUGGAAGAAGUCUUUUCGGCGCUAUCCUGGGGAUGGGCUGCUGCAAGCGCCGCCGGCCUUCAGCAGCAGUGUAGCGUAGCUUUGGGUGUCGGGUUCAGCCAUGGUUUGCAUGUGGUCUUUGAGGCAUGGCAACGCCCCCGUGCUGCAGUAAUGGCCCAAGUCGCGCCAUUCUCCAUGGCGUCCAUGUUAUCGGGGGCCAUGGCCGCAGUGGGGCAGGCGCGCACCGACGCCACCGCAGCCCUGGAGCGUGGAGUGGAGAGAGCUAAGGCAGCUGCGACUGACGCUGUGGAACAUGCGCGAGGUUCAGUGGUUAGCUUGUCCACUACCGCGCCGACGCCUUGCGCCGUCUGUGGCCGCCCAACCCGCAGUGGAGAUGGUGGCGCUUGUGGCGACGUAGGUGACAUGGCCGGGAAAGAGCCGAAAGAAGGGCCAAGGAGGUGUUACAGUUGCCUCACGGUGGAGGCCACCCGCAAGCAACAGCAUGAAACCUUGGACAGUUUUUUUGCAGGUGAGCCGCCGCCUGUCCACGUGGAUCCGGAAGAGACCUCGUGGGGAUGCUUGGCAGUCCACAAAAGGUUGGAGAAGGCGCAUCGCCUGGGUUCUUUGGCCUUGGGCGGUGCUGUGGAUUUGAUGGGCCCGGAGACCCGGUGCCCACGGUGCCCACCCGGCUGGAUCCCGGGGGUCGGCUCCAUCACCAAGGGCACCAUUCAGGUUCUGCACAAGGCACAAGCGCUGGUGGCGGUGGUCAAGUUUGGCCCCUUGGCGCUGUACAGUGCUGAGCUCGUGGAAACCUUGCAGCUGCUGGUGGUCAUGGCCAACCGUACAGGGGCUGCGAAGGUGGCUGAGGAACAUUUAGCCAUGGCGACGCAUGCGUUAAUUGACGCGAGCAUCGAUUCCUUUUGGGCUGCCGCUGGAGUGCCUUGUCCGGCACCCAAUGCCCGCAAGAAGAAAAGUGCCUUGCCCAAGCUACCGGGUCAAGGCUAUUCCCAAGGAGCCAAGGCAUCGGUGAAGCCCAAACUCAACGAGGCCAUCGGACAGGAGUUCAAGAAGGUCGUGGUGGAGAUCAGUGGCCGGGAUGGUUACAACUCAGCGGCCUUGAAUGGUGUUUGGCACUUCUGGAAGGUGAAGAAUGGCCGGUUAGCCUUCGACCGAGAAAUCCAGUUAAGGGAGGCUCCGGUGGCCGAUGGCCCGAAGCUGACGAGGAUUCCGAAACGGGUUGAUCUGCUGGGACUCACUGGCAUCUAUGGCAUCUAUGGCAUCUAUGGCAUCUAG